AUGGAAAAGAGAGUUAAAAGGCUUGAGUUAGACUUGGCAGAAUUAACCGAUUAUAGUAGAAAGGAAGAGAAUUACAAUUUUCCUGACCCUGAUGGUAUUACAAAUCACUUGCAUUCAUUAUCUCUUGGGUUUACUAACUGCAACUCCCUGACCAAUCUCCUGUUGACAUACGUCAAUGUAACUGGACAAGUUCUCGAGUACUCCUUAACUAACUUUCCAAAUCUGGAACAAUUGCCUGUGAAAGAAUCUGACGCCCUCGUAAAUCUGAAAGUUCCUGAUCUAGCACUCAAAUUGAAGCAUUUGGAAAUAACUUUCUGCUUCUAUGUGGAAAGUAUUGAGAUUUCUGCAACGAAUCUCGUGUUAUUUAAGUACUUCAGACCAAAAAUAAGCAUGCCUUUUAAGAAUGUCCAGUCACAUGUGGAUUUGCAUAUCGGGGGUGAAUAUUGCUUUUAUCUAAUAUAUAAGUUUUUGGAUAUUUCAAGCUAUCUUUCUAAGCUAGACAGCCGUACGCUGCAUCUGACCUCCAUGAGGAAGAUUUAUCUUGAAGAUACUAAAUUUUCCGUAUUUAAUAAACUCAAGCGACUGGAGUUGAUUAUUAAUGCAAGAGAUGAACAAAGCCUUGUGGGUUUUACUUUCCUGAUAGAGGCAUGCCCUUUCUUGUCUAAAUUUGUGUUGGAGCUAUUACAAAAUUACAAUAUUACCAGUAAGAGGAAAUUUUUUUCUGAUUGUUCAAGUAUUUUCUAA